AGUUGCAGAGGAGUGGGGUGGAAUAGGAGUUUGGGAAAGAGCCUUACUCUGAUUUCUUCCCUGCCAUUACAAUAUCUGCUGCUGCAAUCUGCCUGCUCUGCAGGGGCUGCCGACCAGGUGAAAUCCCUUGGGGGUAGAAUUUCUGAGACCCCUAGACUGUCAGUGGAUAGAGAUGGGCUUGAUUUGAAUUGGUGGCCUAAUGGUGGCAUUUACCCUACUACACAUCUAUUGAGCCCUAGAGUCUUCCAGCUUGAGUUGGAACUACUCUACACCUGCUCCUGGAAGUUCUUGCCGCAGUGAUUUGUGAUAUGCCGAAAGAGGAUUUGUGGCUAGGGACAGCUGGUCAAGAUUCUGGCAGUUGUGACAGCAUGGUCAGCACUAACUCAAGCCACUCUGAAUUUAGUGAUAACAGCUAUGACUACUUAUCUGUGGAGGAAAAGGAAUGUUUGAUGUUCCUAGAAGAAACUAUUGAUUCUCUGGAUACGGAAGCAGACAGUGGGGUUUCUGCUGAUGAGAUCGAUUAUGCUGAACGUUCUAAGCUCCCCAGAACAUGGCCGAAGAGAGAUGUUGUUCCAAAAAAUUUGGACAGUAGGUCUCCCACUGAAAGUUUUGGUCCGCGACAUGAAGUAGAACAAAAGGGUGAUAAACAUGGAUCUCUUCUCUCAAGCUCUGCUCCAGUGGGGGUUACAAGCUCAGGCUACCGCAGCCUUCCAAGGAGUGUCAAUGCAGGAAAUGCACAAACAACCCCCAAGGUUUCUGUCAGCAAAGCAGCUGACGUCCCUGAUGGUUCAACUCCAACAGCUCAAGAACCAGGGAAGUCUUCAUGGAAGAUGCCCAAGAAAAGGGGGGUUGAGGACAAGUCAAAUCACCAGCCCAGCAUGAGUACUCAGAUGAAGCCAUCAGACUUGGAGUCUGUAAUUAUCUGCCCCCCUGAACCCUUCCAGGAUUCCAGAAGCAAGGGGUCUGGCAAUGGCCGUGAAGAUGUGCUACUACCUAAUAAUUUGGAGGCAAAGGGAAAAGCUGAGGAAGCAAUGGGGAAUGAACCUGAAGUUGCAUCACAGCAUUCUGCCCCAGAGAAUGCAAGGCUGCCACUGAAAGAGGAAAAGAAACAUCGUGAGCAGGGAAGAGAGGGAGCCCCUGAUCUUCAAGGCAACCAAGAGAAAUCACCCUCAAAAGAAGCUUCUCUGGAUUCAAACAUCAAGCCAGGGCCUCCCACAGCCCCAAAGCCAAGAAAACUGCCACCAAAUAUUAUCCUGAAACCUAGCAAAAUCAGCCCAGCACCACUCGUAGACCCCCAUCACAAUAGAAAAGUGCCUUCUCCAUCUUCACCCAAGCACAAAUCCAACACCAGUGACUCUUCUGUGGAAAAGCAGGAAAGGGCCAGGUGGGAGGCGUUGGAGAAGUUGGGACUCCUACAUGAUAAAGGAAGGGAAUCUAAAGUCCAUGUUGUCAGACCUCCUACUGCUCCCAAACCAAACCCUGUCCUCAUUCCUAGGGCUGGUAGUAGGGAUAACUUAAACAGUGAUGAUGGAACUGAUGUUCCUGUGAAUGGGAAAUCUGACCAACAACAUGCUCCAGGUUUAAAUCCAGCAGAGAGCGCUGCUCCUGGCUUGAGACAGACAAUCAAAUCCAACACCUUGGAGCGUUCAGGCAUAGGUCUGAGCAGCAAGGACCAGAACACGGACAGCAGCUCACUUGGCAAAACAUCAGUCCUUAAGAUGGCGGCUCCCAGUGUUAUCAGGAAUAACCGAACACGCCCAGCUUCCCUCGGCACAAGGGAAGACUUUAUCGAACUCAAAGCAUCCAAAACUGAUAACGAGGAGCCAGGGAAAAGUGACAAGCGCAAAUCUUACCCGUUGCUGAAGUUUCCCCGGCCUACUUGUGUCAGCGUAAAAAUCACCCCUAAAGGAGCUACAGAUGAAAACCGGCGGGAGGCUCUGAAAAAACUUGGCCUACUGAAGGAAUAAACAAUUGAACACUUUGUGCAAAUUCACUUAUGUUUUUAUGCUAUGAAUACAGGAACUUCUGUCCUUCCUCUUAAGCAAAAUGGGACAAACUGUGGGUGAAUACAGCAAAGUCUUGUAACAGGGUUCUAGGCACACUUAGAUUAAUUCUGCACACUCUGAACUGACAGUAUGAAAAUGAGCAUCUUCACAGUUUGAUUUCUACCCCUCCAGGGCCUCAGGAGGGCAGGCCUGAAUUAAUACUGCCAUUAGAAUUAUUCAAAGCUUCAUGCUAAAUAGACAUCACAUGUAUAUAGUGUAUAUAAUUAUUUAUAUGUAAUGGGAAUAAGUAUAUGGAUGGGAACAUUCCCCUAAAUGUCUUAUUGCAUUUGCUCCCCUAAAUGUUCACUGUUUGGAAACCAUGAACUCCUGGCAUGUGGUGGCUGGGUGGGGUGCGGGGAGCCAAUCUGGGAAAGACCGGAUGGCAGGAUUUGGCUCAGGUGUGUGUGUGUAGUUUUUUUUAUUAAUAUAAAACAUUUAUUCAAAGCUUUCUGGGACCUGAUCAUCACAUUGGGCACAUGCACGUACCUCCUGAAGCCAA